GACGAAACCUUGGGAUCCCUCAAAAGAGCUGUGAGCUGAGACUGCUCCUAAAUAGAAGUAGAGUAAAGGAAUGCAGUGGUUUUAAUGCAGUGGUUUUAAUGCAGUGGUUUUAAUGCAGUGGUUUUAAUGCAGUGGUUUUAAUGCAGUGAGGGGAAUGAAUGAUGAGGCACGGGCUGAGUAAAGACAUUACUGCUACACAUCAGUCAGAAAAGUUCAGACUUUUGUAGCCAGCGGUAACAAAAUACCUUUAAAUAUGCUGUUACUGUGUUUGAAUAAUAUGUAUCAUUAUUAAUUAAUAAUUAUUUAAUUACCGGCUCUCAUAUGGUUUAUGACUUAUGUUCAUCUUAAAUGUUCUUUAUGUAAACAAUUAAUAUCUUAUGUUUUGUCCUACUUCUGUUUUAUUUAUUUGACAUUUCACCUAUUGUUCAAUGGUCGUUUGUUUAAAUGGUUAAAAGGCAGAAGCAGCUUUAGGAUCGUGGGCUCUUUGCAUCACACCUUCGUGGUGUGUGUACUGAUCUCACAGCUGGUUUUUGGUUUGCUGUUUUCAUUAUAUUUCAUUUUUCUCUGUUAUUACAAUAAAUUGCUCAAAAGACAACUCUCCCAUCAGUUUCUUCAUUACAAAUUUCCGCCCCGCCUCAAAGUGGCGACGAGCAGAAGAUGCUGACUCGCAUCCUGCCCAGACACGGCUUUACUCACUUGGACCAGGACUUUAUGGGUUCAGCAGGAAGCUGUGGCCUGACUACGGCUCAGUGACACGCUGGUGUGAUGCAGCCCCCGACAAACAGACAGUCAGUCAGACAGUCAGACAAACAGACAGACAGACAGACAGACAGACAGACAGACAGACAGACAGAAACACACACGAGCACAAUGGAGAUAACGACCCUCUGUGCUGUCGUUGCUGCUCUGAGAGUGGUUCCCGACAGAUCCCAGUUCUUCCAGUAUGAGUCUAUACUGGUGAUCUGUGAGCGUCAGGGACACUCCUCUGGGUGGAGAGUGAGAAGAAACACGUCCACAAACAUAAAUGAAGACUGUUAUAAUAAUAGAAGGCUAAUACCAAAGGAUAUUAUAAAUGAAUCUGCCUGCGUCAUCACUGACCUCUACCCGUCGGACAGUGGAGUUUACUGGUGCCAGUCUGGAGCAGGCGAAUGCAGCAACUCCAUCAGCAUCAACGUGACAGCUGGUGCUGUGAUCCUGGAGAGUCCAGUUGUUCCAGUGAAGGAGGGAGACGCUGUGACUCUUCGCUGCACAAGCAGAUCCAACUCGUCCUCUGCUGACUUUUAUAAGGACCAGCUUCUCAUCGGCAGCAGCUCCACAGGAAGCCUGAGCCUCAGCGUCUCUGGAUCCGAUGGAGGCCUCUACAAGUGCUGCGUCUCUGGAGCAGGAGAGUCUCCAAGCAGUCGUCUGAUUGUCACAGUGGGGCCUCCUCCUCCUCCUCCUCCUCCUCCUCCUCCUCCUCCUCGCCUCACAUACCUAGCGCUUCCUGUGGUGGGUGUGUGUCUCCUGCUGGUGUUGGUGCUGCUGUGUUGCUGGAGAAACCACAAAGAAGACACUGACCAGGACAUUUCAUAUACUGACGUCACCAUUACACAGGAUGUGCAACCACACAGGAUGAGAGAUGAAGCCUUGGAACUUGGAGAAACCUUCUACUCAACAUUGAACCUGGCGAAUAUCUGACAGAAGGCAUGGAGCCAACAGACGAGUCCUGGAUCAAUGAGAAUCAGCAUCAGUCUCUAAAUAUGCAAGAUGUUUGUUUGGUUUUUAUGCGUAGAUGUUUGUUUUGUGUUUAUUUUUUCAAUUUAGGUUUAUUUUUUUAACUCAUUCUAAAUAAUAGUAAUUAAACAGUGUUUGUAAACAAAAUCCCCUAUGUUUUGUCUUGUUGUUCAACCAUGUGACGCCAUGUGACCUGAACUGACCUGUAACACACAAAAUCACAUCUUAAACCACAGUGACUCAGAUGUUUGUCAUAACUUGGAUAAAUAUGGACACACGUCAAAGUCUAAUCAAAACCAAAUGUUUAACAAGGCUGAGAAUCCUAGCAAUAAAUAAAGCAAUAAAUUAAUAUUACACCAAACCAAAUUAAACUGCUUUGUUCCCAAACUGACGUUGGACUGAACGUUAACCUGUUGGUGAGUACAGACACACUAGCGUUAUGUUAGCAACAUGUCGCAAUAAUAAACAAACAGAUGUUAUAAUCGCA